AUGUCAGUCUCUUUGCAAUCUCCGCCCUCCUCAGCUGUCUCCUCUUUCCAGGGAACAAGGCUGAGGUUUUCCAAUGGAUCUCCAGCUUCCAAUCUGCUCUUCAACUUCCAGCGAUCAUUUCCUGCCAUUCGGGCCUCCGCUCUCGACACCGGUUCAACCACUGAAUUGGACCUCGUCUCUAGCUUCAGUGAGAUCGUUCCAGACACCGUCAUUUUCGAUGACUUCGAGAGGUUUCCUCCAACCGCUGCUACAGUGAGCUCUUCCCUACUCUUGGGUAUAUGUAGCCUCCCUGACACCAUAUUUAGAAAUGCUGUGGAUAUGGCAUUGGCGGAUUCAGAGUGUAACAAGCAUGAAAACUCCGAAUUGAGAUUGUCAUGUUACAGUAACAAGGCUUUAGUGAAUGUUGGUGGUUAUUUGGCGAAACUAGUUCCUGGCCGAGUGUCUACUGAGGUGGAUGCACGUCUUGCUUAUGACACGCAUGGCAUUAUCAGAAAGGUGCAUGACUUGCUGAAGUUGUACAAUGAAGUUAAUGUUCCUCCUGAGCGUUUGUUGUUCAAAAUUCCUUCAACUUGGCAAGGAAUUGAAGCUUCAAGAUUACUAGAAUCUGAGGGCAUACAGACGCAUUUGACAUUUGUGUACAGCUUUGCUCAAGCUGCAGCUGCAGCCCAAGCUGGCGCUUCUGUUAUUCAGAUUUUUGUUGGCCGUCUUAGGGAUUGGUCUCGCAACCAUUCUGGUGACCCUGAGAUAGAAGCUGCUCUCAAGAGAGGGGAGGAUCCUGGGUUAGCCUUGGUGACAAAGGCGUAUAACUACAUCCACAAAUAUGGACAUAAAUCAAAGUUAAUGGCAGCAGCAGUUCGGAAUAAGCAGGAUUUGUUCAGUCUCUUGGGGGUUGACUACAUCAUUGCACCACUGAAGGUAUUGCAGUCACUCAAAGAAUCAAUCACUACCCCUGAAGAGAAGUAUUCUUUCGUCAGGAGGCUAUCUCCACAAUCUGCUGCCAUCUACAAGUUCAGUGAAGAAGAGCUUGUCAAGUGGGACCAAUUAAGCUUUGCAUCGGCUGUGGGACCUGCAGCCGUGGAGCUUCUGGCCAGUGGACUGGAUGGUUAUGCUAAUCAAGCAAAUCGAGUUGAGGAAUUAUUUGAGAAAAUUUGGCCACCUCCAAAUGUAUGA